UUUCUGACAAAAAACACAUCGUGAAUGUGGCGUGUGUUGUUUGGAAUAUCGUGAGUCGUAAAUAAAAAUGCAUUCAAAAGACUGGUAAUUCUUGUUUUAUGUGUUCUUCAUGUAUGUUAAAACGUUAAGUUGUCUGUAAAGCUAUCGUGGAUAUCAAAAACUGAGUGUGGAAUGUGAUAUUCGUCUGAUAUUUUAUCAUAUGUUGCACGCCUGCCUUGGGGUCUUGUGAGGACAAAAAAAUAAUCACUAAUUCCGAUGCUAAAUUGAUAAUGCUAAAUAGAAACAGCCAGUCUUCCGGCACGUUAUUGCGCUUUCUCGUGACAAUGCGGUGCCUUAUGUAUAAAUGUAUUUUUUAAACUAUUUCUACUAGUCUACAAAUCCUCAUAAUGGUUGUCAGAGCAGUAACAGAAUAAAUAAAAAAUGAGUCAUAACUUGGCUGGAAUGCCAUCCUAUCGGUUGCCGGGGCCUGGAUUAGGACCUCCAGACUUUAAACCACCUAUGGAUACUCCAACACCUCCAGCCCCAGCACCUAGCAACCCUAAAAAGAGACGGAAAACAUCAAAUGCAAAUAAUGCUUUAACACCACCACAACCACCUCCUACGGCACAAGACUUGCUGCCUCCCCCUUUAACAGGUUAUGGGGAUACAAUUGUGGCCUCAAACCCAUUUGAUGAUUCUCCAUCCACAGUAUCACACAAUGGACCCAUGAUGAGUCAAAAUGGUCCAAUGAUGAGUCAAAAUGGACCAAUGGGGAUGAUGGGGCCUAUGCAUAGUAUGGGUGGACCACCUAUGAGGCACAUGAGUCCUUUACCGCACAAUAUUAGCCCAAUGAACCAACAAAUGCCUCCUAGAGGAGGAAUCAGCCCAAUGGGUAAUAUGAGCCCCAUGGGCCAUAUGGGUGGUAUGUCACCUAUGGGAGGUCCUAACAUGGGAAUGAGUAACCACAGUAUGGGACCAGGUAUGGGUGGAUCAAGAUCAAUGGGGAGUCCCAUGAGUCCAAUGAAUUCAAUGCCUAUGGGUUCUCCAAUGUCGUCAGGACCUAUGGGAAGCCCCAUGAAUAUGGGAUCCAUGGCUGGAAGCCACAUGAGCAACAGUCCUAUGGGCCCACCAAUGCAUAGCCCUCUUGGAGCAGGAUCCAUGAAUGGCCCAAUGAAUGGGCCUAUGGGUGGAGGUGGACCUGGUAUGAAUGUUCCUCGAAUGAAUGGCCCAAUGGGGCCGAAUUGUUCCAAUGGUACUAUGGGUCCCAAUAGUUCAAUUAUGUCACCAAGUACAAUGCAAAAUAGUGGAAUGGGACCUGGACACUGUGGGCCUAUGAGGCACGGUAGCCCAAUGGGAACAGGAAUGGGAAGUGGCCCAAUGGGUGUGAAUGGUCCCAUGACUUCGAUGGGGCCUGGACCUCCAUACUCUGGUAGUCAUAUGGGGCAUGGUGGUCCAAUGGGCAUGGGCGGUAGUGGUUCCAUGGGCAUGGGACCUGGACCAGGUAACAUGGGUAACUGUGGCCCCCUUGCUGGCAUGAGUGGUAUGGCCAUGGGAGGACCAGGAGGCCAAGGGCCGAUGGGCCAAGGAAUGGGAAUGUUUGGUCCGAAACCAAUGCCAGUUAGCGCAGGAAAAGUGUAUCCACCUGAUCAGCCAAUGGUUUUCAACCCUCAAAAUCCAAAUGCACCACCAAUAUAUCCUUGUGGUGUAUGUCACAAAGAAGUUCAUGAUAAUGAUCAGGCUAUCUUAUGUGAAUCAGGGUGUAAUUUUUGGUUCCACAGAGGGUGUACUGGAUUAACAGAACCAGCAUUUCAGCUACUUACUGCAGAAGUAUAUGCCGAGUGGGUUUGUGACAAGUGCCUGCACUCUAAAAACAUACCUCUUGUGAAAUUCAAGCCAUAACGAUGCGCCGCGACUUCGCCCUUGCUCCUGCCACAUUGAGCAACCUGCUCAUUGCCACUCAUCACAAGUAUUUAUUGCACAUUGUUUAGUUUGCCCUUAAUCUAUUCAUUUUUCACAAUAAUUUGUUAAGUAUCAUGGCAAGAUUUGGUGAAGUCUUAUGAAAGAUCUCAUGGAUAGAGUAUAACUUUAUACUCAUUAUUAUGGUUAUUGAAUGAAGUGUUUGAAAUUAUUGCCUUAAAAUACUAAAAUCUAACAUAAAAUAUGAUACAUGAAUUGUUGCAGUUCUGACUAGUCUUAAUUAUUUUACCAACACAUGAAAUUAUUCUAAGCCUUAUCGGAAUGGAUUACUAUUUGUGAAGUCUAAAAUAAUGGAAGUCUUUGUAAUGUCUAAUGGAUUCAAAUUUAUUGUGAAAACUAUUUGGAAGACUAUUAAUUUCUUCAUAAAUUUAUUUUGAUAUAUGAAAAUUAUGUAUAAAAUGACUCUCCUAGACACUUUUGUACAUGCAUUAGGCAUAUCCAUAAGAGCAAUUCAAUGUGAUUAUUAGAAAAUAAUAUUAUAUAAAACAUUGAUUCAGAUUUAAGCAAUAUAAUGGUGGCUGCCCUGUUUUGUGGCUUGUUGUGUGACGCUUUAGUCUUUGUGCAUAUUGUACAUAUGUUAUAGCGUAAGAUGAAUCUAAACUUCCGCCUUAUAAUAUUUGUGACCUUUAAGUGUACUUUCAUAUAACAAUUUAAAUUGUAUCCAAAUAAACAGAGCCAUUUUUACAAAAUGGCAUGAAAAACUCAAAAUAGUCAAAUAUUAAUAACCCAAGAUUAUACACAAAAUAUAUGUCUGAUGCAGCACAAAUCUAAGUACAAUCACACACAAUAUGAGCUUUACAAUUUAUAUAAAAACAAAUCAUUUAUAACAGUAAUUUAAAAAGGUGCCCAUGUCUAUGUUGAGUGGACAAUUGUUACACUAAGGAAACCAUUGUACUUAUUAUUUGGUGCCCUCAUUUGCAUGUAAUAAUAAUAAUAAUAAUUAGCGCGUUAUGAAAAUGUACAUACAAUAAUGAAUCCAUACGCUUUCUUAAAUAUAGGAGUGUUAAAAUGUGUUUGUCAAUUUUUUAACUUUUGAAGAUUUUUUUAAAGGUAAAAUCGUAAAUUAAGUUAUGUAAAUAACAAAGUAGAUCCUAGAUAAUGAUAAUGAGAUUAUUUAAACCGUUGAAUUGACUUCAGAUAAACAUAUGCGGUUGUGACUUUGAUUUAAAAUGUGUGAAAAAUGCGCAGCUAACCUUUUUAGCACACCGCUGCAUCCUGCUUCUGAAGUCAAACAAAGGCAUUUCUGUCGAAUCUUCGUUAUUUCGCAUGUGAAUAUAAAAUUAUUUUAAGGUUAUUUAAUUUUUGACAAAAUAAAUCAGAGCAUAAAAUUUUAAAUUAACAUUGGGACAUUUCUUUUAUUUUAAUUUUUAUGUGUCAGUUGUAAAUGUUCCACUUAACUUGUGCCAUUACUCAUAAUUCUGAAGUAGUUUUUUUAGAAGCCUUAACUUGUUUACAAAUCUACUUUUCUUUGUAAUUAUAAUUUUAACUAUUCCUAGGUUGUGAAAUUUUGAUUUACUAUUUAUGUUUCGUAAGCCAUUAACAUUAUCUUUAUGCUCAGACUAAGCAAUUUUUUUUAUAUAUAAUUUAGUUCCUCUAAAAUAUGUAAAUGAAAUGUUUAUAAUGUUGGUCCAAGCUAUAUCUUCUUUAGAUAUAUUUAUACUUUUGUCUUAUACUACAAGUAUUGUAGAAAUCAUUGAAUCUUAAAACUUCUUAAAAAUGUCUUAUUAUGUUUGAAAUUGAUCAUUUAUUGUUGAUUGAUAAUUAUUUCAAUACUUUAAUUAAUGGUUUUUAAUAAAUUCACCAUGACAUUAAGUUAAAACUAAUAGAAGAUUAAAAGUAAAAUAUAUUUUAUUUAUGUAUUUUUUACACAGUGUUAUAUUUUAUAUUAAACAGAUUAGAACAGUGUUAUGGCAUGGACAGUGAAAAUAAUUAUAAUGAAUCAACGUUAAAUUGUGGAGAUUAAUGACGACUAUUUUCUAAGUAAUUACGGUUUGACCAAUGACCAUGCCAUAAAUAAAGCAGCUUCAGCAAUAUGAAGUUAGUAUCUAGUGUUAAAGUCCCUUAGUAAAUUAGCCGACAAGAGAAACAUUAUAAUCAUGUAUAUAAUAUAUUAUAUGGAACCACACGUAUCGCUAAACAACUUGUACAGUUAACAUUAAUAAGAAUAUUAUCUAGGAUACGUGGCCAUGAAUGUAAAGUUUAAUACUUAAUUAAAAUAUGUCGUGAGAGCAUCACAAUUAUUUUACGGGAGACUGCUGCUGUGUACAUUAACAUAUUGAAUAUAAGUACACAACCGUCAUGUUGUGAUGUAACAAGUUGUAAUUCAGAAUAUUUUAUAAAGUCAAAAUAGAAUUACGUCAGUGGUCUUAUUCUUGUGCAUAGUUUAUUUUGUAUUAUGUGAAUAAUAACAAGCAAUAAUAAAUUGUUAUUGA